UGAUUUCUUAUUUUAUGAUAAUAUAUAUACACACACUAGUGGCAUUUCACUAUAGUCCAAAGAUAGAAAUAUGAAUCAUCUCAAGAAGGAAGCCAUGGCAGUCAAGCAAUCCUUGUUGAAGCUCCUCAUCCUCUUCUCCAUCAUCACCAUCUCCACAUCUGACGAAGAUGAUUGCGUGUAUUCCAUCUACGUGAGAACGAGCACGAUCAUCAAAGGCGGCACCGAUUCCAAGAUCGGCGCCACCUUCUACGACGCCGACGGCUACGGCAUCCGCAUCAACGACAUCGAGGCCUGGGGCGGCCUCAUGGGCCCGGGAUACGACUACUUCGAGCGGGGCAACCUCGACAUCUUCAGCGGCCGCGGGCCCUGCAUCCCGGGCCCCAUCUGCGCCCUCAACCUCACCUCCGACGGCACCGGUUCGGGCCACGGCUGGUACUGCAACUACGUCGAGGCCUCCUCCACCGGCGUCCACGAGGAAUGCUCCAAGAAGUACUUCGAGGUCGAGCAGUGGCUCGCCACCGACGCCGCGCCUCGCCAGCUCUACGCGUAUCGAAACCUCUGUUCGGGCUCUUCGGGCCGGGCCGGGCUUAUGAAGCGCGCCAUGGAUUUGCCCAAGGUGUCGGUCGUGUGAGUUGUCACGGGCUUUUUUGGGUCCGGGCCGAGGCCCAGUAUAAGCUUGCGUGGAUUGUAUAUUAAAAUUUUAGUUGGAAUAAAUGUGGGAGGAAUGGGACAUGAAGUCCCGGGCUUGGUAAAUAAUGCUAUUGUAUUAUUUCGGACAUGUUUGAUUGAAGUUGCAACAUUUGUGAGUUAAUAUUUUUACAUUUAAGUUGAA